AAGUGGUCUGGUUAAUGGAGUUCUGGUGCACGGGCUACUGAAGGCGUUAGCACAAAGUGGGUGGUGGCAACAACAGCUGACCAGAGAAUAAGAUGAUGGACGCAGAACCCGUGAUCUUCUUCUUCCUCCUCCUUUUCUUCCUUCCCUCCAUUUCCUCCCAAAGUCCACCUGCCAGGUUGCCUCCUAGCGAGGUGGCUGCGCUCCAGCGAUUUGCAGACAUCUUGGGGAAGAAAGACUGGGACUUGAAUGAUCCGUGCAGAGGCGACAACGGAAUUACUUGCUACUGCAACGGUACCAUCUGUCACGUGACAAGCAUAGUUCUGAAAGGGCAAGGGCUGCCUGGAACACUACCGAGAGAUCUGUCAGGAUUGCCAUAUCUUGGGGAACUGGAUCUUACUCGCAAUUACCUCUACGGAUCGAUACCUCCAGAGUGGGGCAAACUGAGACUUGUUAAUGUGUCGCUCAUGUCAAACCGCCUGUCAGGGCCCAUCCCGAAAGAGCUAGGAGACAUGAUCACUCUUAAGAAUAUAACGCUUGAAGAUAACGAGUUUUCAGGGCCACUUCCCCCAGAAAUUGGAAAUCUGAAAAAUCUUGUGAGACUAAUCCUCUCCUCAAAUUACUUCACAGGACCAUUACCAGCUACAAUGAAAGAGCUAACGAACAUGACGGACUUUAGAAUAAGUGAUAAUGGGUUUUCUGGGAAACUACCCGAAUUCAUCUUCACUUGGACUUCGCUCACAAGAUUGCAAAUUCAAGGAACAAGUUUGACAGGUCCCAUUCCUUCUAACAUUGGUGCACUGGAAAAUCUAACCCAAUUGAUAAUGAGUGAUAUAAAAGGGACGGGAUCCAGUUUCCCAGAUAUAAGUCAACUAAUGAACCUAACGAUACUAAUACUAAGAUCGUGUAACAUUUCUGGGGAGAUUCCUGAUUAUAUUGGUCAAAUAAAGAAUCUGAAGACGUUAGACCUAAGCUUCAAUAACUUAUAUGGAGGGAUUCCAAACUCUCUGAAUGACCACAAAAAACUACAGCAACUGUUCCUAACAAGCAACUAUCUAUCUGGCAGCAUUCCAGAAUGGAUCAUGACGCAGAACCUGAACAGAGAUUUGUCAUUCAACAAUUUUACAGACAUAACCGGUAACGCGACAAUUAGUUGUUCAUCCACGAAUCUCAAUUUGGUCGAGAGCUUUUCGUCAGUGUUGGAAAACCAAAGCAAUAUAACUCCCUGUCUGAGGAAGAACUACCCUUGUGCUGAGAAAAGAUUUUCCACUUUGUUCAUAGACUGUGGAAGUCCAGCAGCAACUCCCAUCGGAGCCAUCAAUUAUGAGGCAGAUGGCCAGAGUAAAGGUGCCGCAACAUUAUUCGUGAGUCCGAACAAUAACUGGGCAAUGAGCAGCACAGGGGUAUAUCUGGAUAAUGAUGAUGACAACGAUGAGUACAUAGAAUAUUCCAACAGUUCUCUCCUGUCCAUGCCUAAUUCAGAACUCUAUAAGUCAGCACGUAUAGCUGCAACUUCUCUCAAAUACUACGGACUGUGUCUUUAUGAUGGGAAUUACACAGUGAAGCUCCAUUUUGCAGAAAUAAUGAUAACAGAUGAAAAGAAUUUCAGCAGUCUUGGAAGGCGCCUUUUCGAUGUGUACAUCCAGGGGGAGUUGAAGCUCCAGGAUUUCAACAUAAAAGAAAGUGCCAAUGGUUCUUUCAAGGAUGUUACUAAAGUAUUCCCUAACAUCACCGUGACAAGCGGCAGUCUCAGGAUCCACUUGUUUUGGGCCGGGAAGGGUACCACAGUGAUUCCAAAAAGAGGAGUUUAUGGGCCUUUGAUAUCUGCCAUUACUGUGACUCCUGAAUUUGAGAUUCCCAAGCGACCGGUGGACCGGACUGUUCUUGUAAUUGUGGUUGUUGUUGCAUCUGCUGCCGUGCUCAUCAUCAUACUGCUCGCUGUACUUUAUGCUCGCCGCCGGGCCAAUCAUGUAAAACAUAUAGGCGGCCCCUUCACUUUGCGCCAAAUAAAAGCUGCCACGCGUAAUUUUCAUCAGGACAACAAGAUCGGGCAAGGAGGCUUCGGACCAGUUUACAAGGGUUGCCUACCAAAUGGUACAGUCGUUGCAAUUAAGCAGCUCUCAGCCGAAUCAUAUCAAGGAAAUCGUGAAUAUAUUACGGAAAUAGGUUUGAUCUCUGCGCUACAACACCCAAAUCUGGUGAAACUUUAUGGCUGCUGCACUGAAGGAAACCAACUCUUUCUUGUUUACGAGUACAUGGAGAACAACUCUCUAGCUCAUGUCUUGUUCAGAGAUGGUCCAAAAUUGGAUUGGAAUACGCGCCGAAGAAUUUGCAUCGGAGUGGCCAAGGGUCUGGCGCAUCUCCAUGGAGGAACUAGAUUGAAUAUUGUUCAUCGAGACAUAAAGCCCACAAAUAUUCUGCUGGACAAGGAUCUCAAUGCCAAAAUAUCUGACUUUGGAUUGGCGAAACUGGUUGAGGCUGACCGCAGAAGCAGAACAACCCGCAUAGUUGGAACCGAGGGUUAUAUAGCACCUGAAUAUAAGAGGAGCGGUCGCUUGUCUUGCAAAGCAGAUGUCUACAGCUUCGGCAUUGUCGUCCUCGAAGUAGUGAGCGGCAAGAGCCACAGAAGCUGGCACAGUGAAAAGUGCCUCCCCAUGCUUGAUUGGGCACUUGUUCUUCAAAAGAAUGGAAGACUUCUGGAACUUGUGGAUCCAGAGCUGGGUGCAGAUUUCUCUGAGGAGGAGGCCUAUGUCCUUCUUGAUGUGGCCCUGAGAUGCAUCGAUAAGUCUCCCUCACAGAGGCCUGACAUGUGCACAGUGGUGGGCAUGAUGGAGAACCAAACUCCCAUGAAACCUCAGCCUGUAUCUUGCAAGGAGAAGAAGACAGUACCCUCUGAAGUUGAAAUUGAGUACAGCCAGUCCCAGUAUAGCUGGGUUCGGGACGAAAGCCAGGAUGGACCAUGGACUGCUUCCAUGUCAGGCACCAGUAUGGACUACACAGACAGUGGUGUUAAUCCUACAUUGCGGGAGGACUCUCAUCCUGUGGAUAUUGAAUCCGGCCGCCGCCGCCGCCGAUAUACCAAGAACCAGAGGACCAAGUCCGUCGAACAUCGUCCGUCGUGGUCUUCAUGCUAUUCUGGUGGCACCAAGAAGUAA